ACAAUCUUCCCUGCAUUUUCUUUCUUUGAUACUCCUUUUCUUGCCUUUUUCUCAUUAAUUCGUCAUAAUACACCUCUUUUAAUUAAUUAGACUAAUUCCGGAUUGGCGGGUUCUUCUUAUUGGUUGCUUCUUUAAUCUUCGUCUAACCAUUACUUUGUUGUUUCUUUGUAUUUGUCUUUUUAUUCCUGACAUUAUUAUAUGGAUCAAAAUUUGUUGAAUUCUUGUAAAUUUCACAUAAAGAAGCUUUCUCUGGUUGCAUCCGCGACAAAUCUUGAUUUAUAACUCAACGCCCCGGAAGAAUUAUUCCAGGGUUUUCGUUAUUUAUGGUAGAAACAAUUCUUGAUUGAUUCUAAGAUGCAACAACUUAGAAUGGCUGCAACAGAAGAAGAAAGAGAUUUAAUUUUCAACAAAUCUGAUGAGACUAUUAGUGGAAAUCAAACCGAGGCGAUGUUAAAUGGCAAAGUUGCUGAUGUUUUUUCGGAGCUCAAAUCCGCAAUGGAAUCUUUAUCCAAAUCCAAUGAAGAAUUGAGGAUCAAAGAAUUAGUCAUUGAAUCUUUGGAAUCGGAACUCGAAAAGGCGAAAGAGUUGGAGACUAAGUUGGCAGAGAAAGAUGAGUUAUUAGAGAAACUGAAAGAGGAAUUGCUUAAUGCGCAAUCCUCUGAGGCUCGUGCUUGCGACUUCUUCUCGAAAAGCAAGGAAAGAAUUCACGAACUUGAAUCCGAAAUCGGAAUGGCAAAGGAAGCAGAAUCCGAAAUUAUUGCAUCUUUGGCUGCACAAACGAAGCAGCUUGAGCAAACCAAGAUGUUGCUUGAAGAAUCGAAGCUCGAAAAAUUGGACGAAUCUUCACCGACCAAGAAAAGUAAUGAUGGAUAUGAAUCAGAAAUUCUUGAUUCUGAAUUUAAUUUAGUCCAAGGAAAUUCAGAGAUAGAAAUGCUAAAAAACGAGCUAAAGCAAGCAAUCGAAGCAGAGGAAAACAGCAAGAAGGCAAUGGAUGAUUUGGCAUUAGCAUUGAAAGAAGUUGCCACAGAAUCAAACCAAACAAAGAAUGAUCUCAUCGUAAAACACGAGGAACUCGAAAACCUGAGAAAAGAAUCCGAGGAAUUGAAAGAGAAAUUCAGAAACUCGGAUAUAAAUCAGCGAACCCUUUUGGAAGAAGCAAUCAAAGAAGCUGAUCUGCAUAGAAACAUAGCCGACAGAUUGAGAUUAGAGGCAGACGAAUCGAUUCAGGCCUGGAACGGGAAAGAGACAGGCUUUGUCGAAUGUAUCAGAAUAGCCGAGGAAGAAAAACUUGCUGCAAUGGAAGAGAACAAGAAACUACUCGAAACAAUCAAAUCAGCAGAAAAGAAGAACGAAAUAGCGAAACAAGAAAAUCAGAAGCUUCGCGAUAUCCUGAAACAAGCAUUGAACGAAGCGAAUGUUGCCAAAGAAGCUGCAAGAAUUGCUAUAUCUGAAAAUUCUCAACUUAAAGAUUCAUUAGCCGAAAAAGACGACGCGCUAAUUUUCAUUACUCGAGAAAACGAAAACCUCAGGAUUAACGAAGUUUCAGCUUUGGAGAAUAUUAAAGAGUUGAAGAAACUUGCGUCUGAAGCAACAUCAGAAGAUCAUCAUCAUAAAGAGCAAGAACAUAAGUUACUACUAAAGUCGCAGAAUUCCGUAGACAAGGAAGCGCCAUUAAAAGAGCGUAAACUAAGCAAUGCUUUUAGCUUCAAUCUGAAGGAGUUAUUAAUCAGCACAAUACACAGUUAUACACAUGAUCCUGAACAGAAAAUUCAAGAAAAACACAAGGAGAAAAAAGAAGACAACGAAGAAGAAGAAUCCGAUCCUCUGAAAGGAUCGAUAUUUGAUGUAACGGAUUCACCAGUAGCAGCAGCAACAAUCCAUCACCAUAGAAGAAGAUCCUCAACAUUUGCGGAAGAGGCUGAUUCUAUAAAUGCUGAUGAUCUUGACCACAUUGACGGAGUUCAUAUUGAUGAUGUCGAAAAUGAAAAGAACCCGAAAAAGAAGAAGGCUUUACUACGAAGAUUCGGAGAUAUUAUAAUAAGGAGAAGAGGUGUUCAUCGGAGGGAAUCCUCCGUAGGAACAUCUCCGGUCGGCGGUGAUAAGAAAGAGUCUUCAGAGAUUCCAUUCAGUGGGGAAAUUCAUAAAAAGGAUUCUUCAGUUUCUGACUAAUGAUAGUCAUUUUUGUAUGAUCGGACAGCUGAAAUUCCAGUUGCUGUAGGGAUUUUUUCAAUUAUUGUAUAUUUGUAAUGUGAAUAUGUAUUUUGUACUUGUCAACAUUAUUGUUUUUUUAUAUGUACAUACAGAAAUAAGAUUUUAAUCCAUUUGCAAUGA